AUGCCUCCAGCAAUAUGGAUACAGAACAACAUUCCUGUUCUGCUGCGUCCCUCGCUGCUCCUCUUGACCUCUGUCUAUCACUUUUUCAUGACCCUCUUUGAAGUCAUCUUCGUGGAGCGCAGGCCGUUCACACUUUUCAGCAUCACAAAACUCCGCUACAAGUCCUUCGCGCGUCUCUGGACCAAGAAUGGCGAAGCCAUGUCGAUUGACAUGCCCGGGCCGCUUACGGAGCUUCUCUCGACUUGCGAAGGCGUAGUUCUCGACAUAGGCCCUGGCUCAGGCGAGAUACUGUCUCGCUUCAACCCAGACCUGAUCACGGCCAUGUACGGCGCGGAGCCUGCCGAGGAUCUCCACCAAGGCCUUUUGAGGAACGCGCAGAAGAAGGGAUUCAGCGACAAGUAUCACGCGCUACUGUGCGGUGGAGAGCCUGAGAGUUUGAUCCCCGCACUGUACAAGAGUGGUAUUCUAGAAACCGCUGGCAGGGCUGGAUUGGCUUCGGAUGGUGUCUUUGACGAAAUCUGCUGCGUGAGGGUGUUGUGCGGCGUGCCUCAUGCGCAGGAGACUAUCAAUGGCCUGUACAGCCUGCUCAAGCCUGGUGGCCGCAUGAUCAUAUGCGAACACGUCGCCAAUCCGUGGAGGACCGAGGGUCGUGUGCUGGCACGCUUCAUGCAAUUCGUUUACACACGGCUCGGAUGGCCGUUCUUCAUGGGCGGCUGUGAGCUGCAAAGACACACGCCGGACUACCUCAAGAAGGCAGGCGAGUGGGACAAGAUUGAUUUGAAGUACUACGGGCCGAAGGACGUGAUUCCGUUCGUUGUAGGGGAGCUGGUUAAGAAAGGCGGCAAGUCGUACGCCGAGGUGGUCAAAGAGUAG